AUGUUUCUCUUAGAGGACUUAAAAGCGCUUGCUACAGUAAAACUGCAGCAAAAUUUACAGGAUCUCUGGGCAAGCGAAUCCUUUCCAGAAUGCGUUCGAGAGGUAUAUGCAACUACUCUAGAGAACGAUUGUGCAAUGCGGUCUGCUGUAAUUGAGGUUGCCACAGAGCACGUAAGCGAACUAGGCAGGAAGAUCCUGUUCAAGGAUCUCAUUCGCGAGGGUGGCGAUUUUCCUGUCGACUAUUUUACAAAUGUUGUUUUUCCACAGCGUCCUGCAGGCUCGACCCAUUCCCAACCGAGCGGUCUCUUUGGUAGUACGCUCGGUGGUACAAACAGGACUCAUCCUACGUGGAGGUAA